AUGGACAUUCAAUUUGUGCUUGAUGUAUAUGCCUGUGCAAUGUACAUUGUUUCCUAUAUUUCUAAAGCUCAAAAAGGAAUGAGUGACUUGUUACGUAACGCAUGUGCUGAAGCUAAGGAAGGUAAUUCCACCAUCAAACAACAGGUUCGUGACAUUGGCAACAAGUUUUUAAACUCUGUUGAAAUAAGUGCACAAGAAGCAGUGUACAUCAUUCUGCAACUUCCCAUGAGAAAAUCUUCUCGAAAUGUGAAAGAAAUGGUUGAAAGCGACACAAAGUGGUUUGCAGAAAAGAUUGCUAUGGAAAACGAAACUGAGCCCAGACCAACCACAGUUACAUGUGCAAAACCAUCCCCUGGAUUCAAGCUCACCAUCGACAAUGUUGACUACCAUCAAAAUGUCCACUACAUGACAGAACACCAGAACAUUGAUAGACACUAUGUGACAGUCAAUGCCACCACAAACAGGAUAUCUGGAAACCAUUUGAGUACGGACAGCCCUGUACCUGGUAUUAAACAAAUGGAAAAUGGCAAGUGUAUUCCUAAUCACAUCGAACAAAAAGUACAGAGAGCAAAUUACAUCACGUUGGUCCAGAGAAUUCUGGUUGAAAAUAUUCCCUGCCUUGAAUUUGGACAAGAUGUUGUUGAGAACCACAUUCACCACAAAUACAGCAAAGAAGCAUCACAACCAACAAAUUCAGUAAGUUUAUAAUUUAAUAAUUUAUAUUAUUAUAUUAACUGUCCUUGUGAAUAUGUGAUUUAUUUAUCAUGGGCUUGGCCCUCAGUGAAUAAAUACAUAUACCCUAAUUGCCUCAAAAUAACCAAAACAUUGAGGUACCUGAGAAAGACACCUAACUUGAACUACUUUAAUUUCUUUCAGAAUUUCCUUGGGGUUAUUUUCGAGAGUGAAAACGAUGCAAAUGGCAUACAGAAAAUAUUACAGGAACUCCAUGGUUAUGUUCCGUUCGUUGGCGAUGGAGAAGAACGAAGAUACUCAAGUCAGGCAAUCGUUGGAGAUCAGCUGACAGUUGAAAGAGCAGUGAAUGCUCACAUGACACUCAGCAAUGGUUUCACCCCAGAAGAACGCUUAGAUGGAAUUCACUGUGAGAUUGCAGAUUGGCAUGCUGGAAACAAAGCACUUGGAGUAAGGAUAUACUCGAAUUAA